AUAGGAGGCCCUCAGUGGACUUCCGGUGUCGGGGUCGAAAUGCGGGGUUUGUGAAGAGGGACUCGGAGCGGCCCGAGUCCCCGGGGCGCAGGCCGGCUGGCGGGCGGGCGGCGGGCCGAGGCCGGGGGUGGCGAGCCGGAGCGGGGGACGCGAGCGGCGGGCCGGGUUCGGGACGCGCCCGCCCGGCGGCCGCCACCAUGGAUCCGUUCCUGGUGCUGCUGCACUCGGUGUCCACCGGCCUGUCGAGCGGCGAGCUGACCGAGCUCAAGUUCCUGUGCCAAGGCCGCAUAAGCAAGAGGAAGAUGGAGCGCGUGCAGAGCGGCGUGGAUCUCUUCUCUGUGCUGCUCGAGCAGAACGAGCUGGACGGCGAGCGCACCGAGCUGCUGCGCGAGCUGCUCGUGUCCCUGCGGCGCCUAGACCUGCUGCGGCUCCUGGACGACUACGAGGCGGGCGCGGCGGGGCGGGCGGCGCCGGAGGAGCAAGACCUUUAUGCAGCGUUUGACAUCAUAUGCGAUCACGUGGGGAAGGACUGGAGAAGACUGGCUCGUCAGCUUAAAGUGUCUGACGGCAAGAUCGAUGCCAUCGAGGUGAAGUAUCCCCGGAACCUGAUGGAGCAGGUGAGGGAGGCGCUGAGAGUCUGGAAGAGCACCGCACGGGAGGGAGCGGCCGUGCCCCACCUUGUGGAGGCGCUCAGGGCCUGCCGGCUCAACCUGGUGGCGGACCUCAUCGAGGAGGACCAGCAGGCCCGGGGCCUCCAGCGUGAGAACGAGAGUGGAAGCAGCACUGUGUCCCUCAUGUCCUGGGACGCACCCAGCACGAGAGCCUCCUCCUGACCCCUCCACCGAGCUUGACCCGGACUUCCGUGCGCCUGCGCUGUGAAAACCUCGCAGUGAGCCAGGACAAGGGACCCCAGCGCUCACUCGCACAGCCACAGGCAUCUCAGCCAAAGCGCUGACUUAGCACACGCUGUGUGCCAGGUGGAGCUUCGGGCCUGGUACCCAUUCAUCCAUUCAUUCUUCUUGAUCACCUCUGUGAAAGGGAGUCUGGUCUCCAUUAAGUGAGUUCCUGCAGAGGGAUUUUGGGACCAUAUCAGCACAUAGAAGGAAUCUAGCAGCGGUUGUUACUUCACGAUUCUCAGGGGAGGGAGGGAGCUCAGAGUUAAGGCUCUGGAGGGACCUGGGGUUGGUGCCAGCAGAGCUGAGAUCGGAGGCAGUGCGCCAGCUCAGAGCCCACUCUGCUCGUCCUGCGCCCCCCCUCCCCCCAAUGAGGCUAUCCGUGCAGACCAUGUGCUAGGGCAGGCGGCAUGGGCGAGAAGCACCCCUGCUCCAGCCCCUGCCCCUGAGGGAGCUGUCUCCUCUGAGGUGGUGCCUGUUCGGUGUUCAGAAGUGAAGUGAUCGCACAGUCAGCUCUACACUCAGUCCUGCGGAAAGUGUGAGGGCUCAAAGGCUGGAGCUCAUAGAAGGACUAUGAUUCCUGUGAAUCCACAGUUACUGUUGUAUCAAAAUCACUGUUUUUCUGGUAACAUAAUUGGCAAGGGAAAGGGAUCCUGUGGGAUCCUAUAAUUUUAAAGCAAUCUUCCUGUUUCUACAGUAAUCCCACUAAGCAAAUGCCUUUAUAGCAAAAAUCUCCCUAUUACAGGUAAUUUUCCAUUUCUAUCGAUUUUAUAUCACAUAUUCUCAAGAGUCCCAUCUCAGCCAAUCAUGGUCUCUCUCGCAGCCCAUCCUGGGCUCAGCCUGUGAGUGGCCACAUUUCCUCACAGUUGCCCCACCUCUGAAUAGGGGAGUGUCACCCUCAGGAAACCGGUGUCUGUGGAGGGCAGCGUUCACUGCUUGGGCCCUGCCUACCUCCAAGAGGCACCCGGGUGCCAAGUGGUGUCCCUAGUCUAGGCCUUCCAGCUGUCACCUUGGAACAGCCACAUGUGAUGAGAUGUCAUGCAUGCUGCCUCACCCUGGUUGCUGAGGACCUAGCCACUGCCCCCACUAAGCAGGGACCCAGCCUUUGAGCCCCCAUACCUUCAGCAGAUAUUUCCUAUGCCAGGAGCUGGGACCACAGCAGCACACAGGAUAGAAUUGGCCCUACUCUGUUCACCCCGAAAGCCUGCCCGAAACACAGGUGUUAACUAACGCAUCACAGGUCUGAGUGCUGCCAAGGAGCUGAGCUGGUUUCAGGCCCGUACAGCCUGGCUCGGCCCUGUGUUAAUGCCACACCCCCACCUACCAGCAGCGCCCUCUUCAAGCCUCCAGGCCAGGCCCAGUUCUGGACAGCAGACGUCAUCACCGUCAACAAAUGUGAGUGGCUUCCCGAAUGGGAAGCUUUGAGAAUUGAGUUUUCUGGGCAGUGUGUCCAUAUUUCUUGCCCAGAGAUAGGUUUUAGAGGUUCUGCCAUUCCUAUGGUUUGUGGUGUCCACUGCUGAAAUGGGGAAGUGUGGAGCAGCUGGCAGCAUCCUACCUCCCCCACAUCCUACUCUCCCACAUGCCAUAAGAACCCCAGCCCUCCAUCAUGCCAGGUGCUCCAAUAGAGGCUUUGAUGGGCAUGGUUGCUGUACCCAAAAUUUUCCAUUGCCUGUGAGAGAGACAGGCUCAGUCCUCAGCUCUGCUGCCAGCUGCUCCAGUGGCCCAUCACCCAGUGAGGCACCGACAUCCCAGGACUCCUGUCCCUGUGGUGAGGGAGAAGGAGCCCUAGCUUUGGGGCAGCCUCACGUCAUCCACUGUGUGAUCUAAUUGCACUCAAAGCUUGGAUCUUGAGUUGUAAAACUCGGCAAAGGUGAUGGGUGACAAAAUGCCUCCAACUGAUGCUGCUGGGCCCAGAGGGUCCCAGCCCUGGGCUGCUGUGUGCCACCAGGUCAGAGCCAUAGAGUGGGGUGAGCUUGCAAGAGAAUCUGGCCCCUGAAGAUGAGGGCUUCGAGCCAGAUAGAAGCAUGCACGUGGUCGGGGGGCUUCCAUGGGACUGCCACCGAGCUUGGCGGUGGGACUCGGUCGAAUAGGACACGCAGCCUGUCCUUGGGAUGCACAGUGUCCCCGGUUUUGUAAAACAAGGAAACAUAAAAUAUACACACACAGCUUGUACAAAGCACAGGUGGGCACAAGAAGUGAAAUGUACACAGCAAGCAUCUGAGAACUGUUACUUCCUGAUGACAGGGUUACUGUACUUGGGUGUUUUCCACAUUUUCUUUGAUGUGUGGGGUAACCUGGACUAUUUGGUGGGGUGUUCUGCCCCUGGAGAGCAUAUGGUUCGAGUCUGACCCAGGUGGCGAAGGCUGCCUCCAGGCGGAACAUUCUGGGCCUUUCUGUAGCCUCUCCCAGAACAGACAGGACUGAUGUCCGAUCAGAGCCACGGCCUUGACAGGGUCAGUUCCACCCACCCUAAGGAGGGAGCUGCUACAAUUUUUGACCAAGGAGUUCUCAUAGCAACCCAUGUACCUUAUUUUUUGCACUCAUGAAAUUGUAUGUUUCUAAUAAAGGUGUAGACAAGUCAA